AUGAUGAAAAUUUGCAAACACAUUGUCAGGGGUACAGCAAAGGACACACUUCACAGCUGCCCGUCCUCCGACAUUCUCCGUAACAUGCGGGCGAAGCCGCAGGCGGAAACUAGUGUUAUAUGUAUUCAUAACUUGAAUGUUAACAUUGAAAUAAAUAAAGACUUAUUAUCGCAACCAGUGAUAAGCGAGAAUGUAAGAGAGUCCAGACAAUUAAAUUUUGCUGAAUGUUGUCCCUGUCACGAGUCUCAAAGAAGUGCUGAUUACGAUGUUAUGGAAGCAGCUUCCACUCGCGAUAGCUGUCCUUGUCAGUCGGCAUCAGAUUCAGAAUCUGCCCCGUCAAUCUUCACACCUGCAGUUAGAGCAGUUGAACCAUUUACGAGAUCAGGUGAAAUAAAAGCUCCUAAUCCUCUGCUGAAACCUGAAGUGGGACUAGCGUCUUCUGUUUUAGAAACCUUACAGGAGGUCACGGAUCAAGAAUAUCAAGAAGCAUUGGUUAGAGACGCUACAAGAACUGCACUUAAUGAUAGAGAGGAAAACCUGUUAGAACAAGAAAUUACUAACACCCCGAGAAAUAUAGUUAACAUUAUCUUGCAACCAAAAGAUGGACAUACGUUAGAUGACGUAAUGCCAGAAGCAUCGCAUAUGCAAGAAACACGUUGUGUUCAUCCACCUUUAGAAUACUUAAAAAAUUCCAAACAAAAAAAUAAUUCACCGAGUGCUAUGAAAGAAACCGAUAAAAAAUUCGAAGAUGUUUCAUUCUCACCAAGUAAUCUUCAAAACCAUUUCUUACGAAAUAAUGAAAGAAUACACUACUUACCUAAAAGUUCUAAAUCACUGUCACACGAAGAAGACUUGAUAAAAGAGAAUCUUAAUUCAAAAGAAAAGUAUUUAAAUGAUGAGUUAAUUGAAACACAAAAAGAUGUUAUGCCGGAAGAAGCCAGUCUAUGGAAUCCACUCUCGGACACGAAUUUAGUAAAACCAAAUAAUGUAGUAACUAAAGACAAUGAAAAAAAUGAUUGUGAAGUAAACCUUUCUAAAGAAAACAUCCAAAGAGGAACAAAAUAUAGUGUCGAAAAUAUGGAUGCAGAGUCUAGUCCGACAGAACUAAAUACGAAUAUAGCUGAAAAACCUAUUAAUGAAAUAGGCGCAAAAGAUAAUUAUUUAAAUGAUGAUUGGAAAGAUGACACAUUCAAUAACAAAAUACCAACACAAGCUCUUAUUAAAGAAACCGUACCAGUAAACAACGAUGUAACAGAAAUGAAAGAUAAUAAUGAAUUAAUGGCUAAAGAUGUAGAAACCGAUAACCUUGAAAAUGAAAGUAGCGAUGGACACUCAUGUGACGCCGAGGAGGCGGGAUCGAGUGAUGCCAUUAAAAUUGCUAAAAUUCCACAAACAAAGGACAAAAAAAACAGUGUCGAUAAUGUCAAUGAUAUUGAUAUUACAGAAUCGAGUACUUUGGAAAUACCUAAAAACUAUACCGAUGAAAACAAUAAUAAUAUUAGUAAAAAUAUAAAUACUCAAGAUUUACAGGAAAUGUCAGAUCGUAUUCUUAAUUUAAGUUUAUCUAAUGAAAAGUCAGUAGAACCGCUGGAACCGGAUACUACGGUCAAUAUAAAUGACAAUACAGAUGUCAUUAAAAAUAUAGAUAACGAAAUGUCUCCAUCGGAAUUAUUUAAAAUGGAAGAGCCAUCACUUUCCUCAUCAAAUUCACUAUUAAAAAGUUCUGAUGAAAUAGCAGAUAUAUCGGAUACAUUUAAUGAAAUUGACAAAAAUCAUAAUAAAGUUAAUAAUGAUGCAAUCGAUGUAUCUAGAAAAAAUCCUUGUGAAAGUAUGACACCCAAAAUUUCUGACAAUACCGGAGUAAGCUCAUCAAAUGAUCAAGAGAAAGAAAUGAUGUCACAAGCUAGUAGCCCUUAUGAAAACAGAAUUCGCCAUACUAAUCAAGAUUUUAUUGUUCAACCAGAAUCGGAUAUAAAUGUAAAAGAUAUUCUGGAUAAUCUUAAGUCUUCAUUAUCAGAUAUUUUUAAUAAUAAUGAAAAUAUAAAUAGCAACAAAGGCACCAAAAGCUAUGCACAAACAAGAACUCGAGGUGAUUUAUCAAAUUGGGAUAAAAACAAUCAUCAAACCAAUCACUUAAAUUCUUAUAAAGCUAAAGUAGCUAGUCCGGAUUCACUUAAUUUAAAAACAGUACAAUCACAAUUAAAUAAAAAUCGAGAUACUUUGCAAAGACCAUUUCAAGAUGAUUCUGAAGUUAGGUCAGCAAAGGAUGCUUUUAGAAACAUAAAAGAGUCAAUAGAUGAUUUUAAAAGAUCACAUAAAACAAAUCAGAAUAAUUUAUUAGGCGAGUCGCAUACGCCUCAAAAUAUUCUUUGGACAACUUUACGACCAAAUAAUAUAGAUAAAAGACUACAAGAUUUCCAUUCAGAUUUAAAGGACAGAUUUUCGCAAGUGUCACAAAGAAUACCAGAUAUUUUGCCCUUUGAUGACAAGUCUAAUUUACUGGCAAAAUAUAAAAUAAAUAAUCUCAAUAAUCCAAUAAAAAGUAAUCCGAAAUAUCAAGUCAAAAGCAAUGAUUUACCAAAAAGCAAGAUAAAUUUGGCAUUAAAACCACAUACAUCGCAAUCAAUUUUAGGUUCAAGUAAGAAGGGACUAUCGAAAUCAAAUUUGCAACAAAAAAUAAAUCUUACUCCGAAACCUUUGGGUGCAAGCUUGAGACAAUUUGAAGAUCCUAUACAGUUGGGCCAUAAAUUUGAGAGUAAAACUCCCCUUAGAAAGGAAAUUAGACGUAAACCAUUGAAAGAAAACAAAAUUACCUUUUCUUUUACUACACCUCGCCCGCAAAUAACCAAAUUAAGACCAAAUCAGAAAAUAUAUAAUAAGCUUACACCAGAAACUUUGCGAUCGUUGUUUAAGUUACCAAAAUCGUCAUAUAAAUCUCCAUUACAAAAAAGUCUUGAACUAAAGUCAAAAUUCAAUCCUGAUGAACUGAAACAUUCAGCAAGUAACCAAUUUACAUCGCACAUUGAACCAGAUAUGAAAUUGGGUAAUCCCAAAACAGCAUUUUCUUCUUUAGAAGAAUCAAAGAUAUCACCGACAGUUAGUGAUUUAUGUGACGAGAAUACUUAUCCAAAGAUUAGUGAUUUAUCCUCAAAAAAUAAUCCAGAAAGAUCUGAAAAUGUAUUAAUGACUAAAAUGAGAGAUGCCGGCAAAGCAAAAGAUAUGCUAUCAGGUGCUCUACCAGAUGCAAAGCCGUCAGCUUCUAAUAAUAGAAAUACAGUUACAUCAAGUUUUACAGAUAGAUCUUUAAAGGAAAACGUUUCAUACAAAUGUAAGAUGAUUUGUUUUGAGGAUAAUGAAGAUUCCGAAUAA